AUGAUGCUGGUCAUCAUACUAGCGGUCUUUUUUGCUCUAUACGCCCCAACAGUUGCUCACUCAUGGAUCGAAGAGCUCACAGUCAUUGCGCCAAAUGGAACAUUCAUCGGCACUCCAGGCUACCCCCGUGGUAACUAUCUUCGCUCGACCGCGGGUUACAGCGACACCACCAUGACAUACUUGAUUCCACCUAGCUCAAGGGCCAACGUGACUCAAAUUUUGCCAACUGACAAAAUGUGCAAGGACACCCAGCAAGAAGCAAAACAAUCCGAUGGAAGUCCUCGACUUCAAGCCAACGCUGGAGCUGCUAUUGCCCUCCGCUUCCAGGAGAAUGGCCAUGUGACUCUUCCUCAGAAUCAGCCCGGAAAACCUGCGAACCGAGGAUUUGUCUAUGUGUACGGCACUACUCAGCCCAAGACUGGAGAGAAUUUCCUUGAUGUGCACGGUACAUGGAACGCAGAUGGUACUGGAGGCGAUGGACGAGGUGUGCUUCUGUCUAAGCAAAAUUUCGACGACGGGCGUUGCUACCAGGUCAACUCCGGAAAGAUUUCCGAGACUCGACAAGCAAAGUACACCCAUACAGCCAGCCAGUUGAUGGGGGCAGAUCUUUGGUGCCAGCAAGAUAUUCAAUUGCCCUCCAAUGCCCCCAGUGGGAAGCCAUACACUCUCUACUGGGUAUGGGAUUGGCCUACCGCUGCAGGUGUUGAUCCUACCUACCCCAACGGAAAGGCCGAGACUUAUACGACUUGUAUGGAUGUGGAUGUGGUGGCCACGGUCAACAAACAGGCGGCAACCAAUGAUGACUAUGAAGUCGAUCAGGAUCUCAACAAAGCGGCAAUUCCGUCGCAGUUUGACACAUUGGGUACCCCGGUCACUUCUCAGUCUCAGGCUGGAACCACCUUUACCCGUUCUGCAUCACCAUCAUCUAGUUCAUUGAGUGCCACAGCUGGCAGAGUUCAAACUGUCACUGUGACAGACUGGGAAACAAGUACGAGCCUUGUUUAUAUGAGUCAACCCACUUGA